CUUUACCCAAAUCAUGGGCAAAGUAGGUGUUAUCAGUUUUCCUGUUCCUCAUUGUAAACUUUCCCAUCGAUGCAGGUUGCUCACACGAAAAGAGAAGGAGAUUGCUGUAGUCUCACAUAAUGGACUCUUGUUUCAUACAGUGAAUGCAUUUGGAACAGACUGUCAUCCUUUUGUGAAGAAGGAAAUUUGCAAACGGUUUGCUAACUGUGAACUCCGGUCUAUGGUGAUUGUUGACAGGAGCAUGAUCGGAUCAGAUUCUUCGAUUACUAAUUACCCAGGAAAAAUACCUUCUGCUGCUAAUUUACCUAGUGAGGCCGCAGAUGAGAAAAUUCUGGAGAAAGAUGACAACCUCAAUGAUAAAUGAUAACCAUUGGUAUUGACAUCAUUCAUUACUGUGUCAUCAUAUCUACGAGGAUUGCUCAAGUACACCAAUUAUUUUUGAGUAAGUGUCAUCAUCAUUGAAACAAUAUAAGACUUGCAAAGAAUUCUUGGGAUUCUGGGUUAGCUUCUCUUUCCAAUGUGCAAGCCACAUUCUACAGAACCCUUUUCUUAAUGUUAUGGUCUAAUUAAGGUUUUGAGCCUAAAAUUGUUCUUGAAAAGGGGAAAAAUAGGAAUGGAAAUAAUCUCAUCAAGUGGCAGCUUCCAUGGAAAUGAACUAGAUAUCUAGUUCCCUUUGAGGAUGUCAUAAAAUUGCAGAGCCAA